AUGGACCUAGCAGGCGAAUCGUCUGAGCUUUCCAAGACCCAGAAUGAUACUGGAUCAGCUGACGACAGCUCUGUUGGAGAAGAAUUGUUGGUUGCUGCAAAUGGCAAUGCAAAUGCAAACCUCAAACAAUGGUUCAAAGAUAUGACUGAUGGACGGAGCCGCGUCGUUAUGUUCAAGAGCACCCAAGAUGAACUGAAAACUUGUGGUGAGAGACUCGACGUUCUUGCAAAAACCUUAUUCAAGCAAGCAAGAAAAGAAAACCCGGAUAGUCCUCUCAAGUGGACACUUGUGGCACAUCUACAUGAGAUUGAUGGUGGAGACAGCUAUGGCACGUCCUACAUGAAUGAUUUGACUCCUGAAGCAACGAGUUACAUUGAAAACGUUGACUGCGCGGUUACAUGGUUUUCUAUUCCUAUCCUCAACCAUAUUGAUAUGAAAGAUACCAAGCGGUAG